AUGGGAACCAACCCAAAAAGGACAGUGACAGUCCAGAUGGUGCCUCAGCUGGCUGUGAUAGACACGCUGGGCAAUAAGGAGCCGAAUGCCAACUGGGCGAACGAGCCCGACCUCCAACUCUCUCAGGUUUGUCCAAAAACAACCCUCACAUCUCCCGAUCACACACAGGAUAACUCAUCUCUGACUGCCGCUCCCGAUAUCACACAAAUCCCCCAAACUGCUUCAAAGGGAGGAGAACCAGUCUGCAGCGCUGUGUCAGACAAACCAGUACCGACUAAUGGAAACCAGACGAAGACAGAACCUGUGACAGGAGGAGAUCAACAGAUGGAAGACCUGUCUCUAACAAGCCAAAGUGUGGGUGAAGCAGGACGAGACCAGAGGGAUUCAAACGCUAAUAUUAAAAUGUUUAGCCAGGCUGAUAAAAAGGAUAUCUUUAAGGCAGACACAGAUCUAACAGCCUCAAAGAUCGACAUGCAGAACAAUGAUUGCAGAAUAAAGGGGCCGAGUGCAGCAGAGGAGGAAUGUGCAAAGUUGGCAUCCUCCUCACGAGAGGACAGUAAUAAAAAUGUACCUGCAAGUAAUACAAAUCUCAACGACCCCUGUGAAUUAAGGCAAACAGCAUCUGAGCCGCCACACGAUAAUAAAGGGAGCAGUACAGCUCCAAAAAAUAAAGACACAGCUGUACCACAAAAACUUCAAGAGCCGGAUCAUAUGUGUAGCAGCUCACAAAGCUCUGUCAGUCCGAAAGAGACUCCCAAAGCUCAACAACGCAUAGAAACUACUGCAGCUUCUCAUUGCUCAACUACACCUCCGUCUAAGAGCAAUGAUGUAGAGGUUUGGUGUGCUGAUAAGACUUCAAGUUCAUCACAUCCAGAGAAGGACUUGCAACCAGUAAAGGAAGCACAAGUCUCUUCAGAUAAACAUCAACCAGCGUCUUCUCAGAAGGACUUAUCCACGCUGGAUGAUCCCAAGGAGACUCCCAAAGCUAAACAAAGCAUAGAAACUACUGCAGCUUCUCAUUGCUCAACUACACCUCCGUCUAAGAACAAGGAUGCAGAGCUUAGGUGUACUGAUACGAAUUCAAGUUCAACACAUCCAGAGAACAUGCCUCAAGAAAAGAAACCUCAUGUCUCCUCAGAUAAACAUCAUCCAGCAUCUUCACAGAAGGACUCCUCCACUCUGCCCCAGGCGUCACAAAUCAUGAAGGCAGAUGCGUCGGAGGAAGCCACCCAGAUCAACACAUCUGUCUCUGAAGGGCAGCAGCAGCUCGGCAAGCUGUUCAAGGAGGCUUCAACGAUGACUUUAUCCCCGUUCCCCACCCCAGUCAAGCAGCUUCAUGAUAUGGAGGUUCAGGCGGUUGCAAACACGUGCAGCAAGGCCGUGUCCACAAGUCCCAGCCUGCUGCCUUUCUCUGUGCCUCGCAACGGUGGAGCGGUCCCCAGGGAGGCGGCGCAGAGACUGGCUGUCGUCUACCAGGCCGACGGGGGUGUGGGAAUACAUCAGAUCAGCAUGAGUCCUCUACCUACUGAUCCAAGGUCAGAGAGACUCACGGUUGAGGCGGAGAUGUGCCCCAACCAAAACGUCGGUGUGGUUUUUCCUUUAGAAACGUUGUCCCAGCAGCAGGACAAAAGGCUCGGAGCAAAGCCUAAAGACUCGGCUCUCUGCAACACACAGCCAGUUUAUCAGAUCAAUAUUGAACACAGCAACCCCAAGGAGCAAGGAGAGACCGGUAACUCCCAGAAUGAAACAAGUGUUCAGAAGUCUACAGCCAAAACAGCCACUGCUGAGGCUCCCUCUCUUAUAUCAGGAAAAACCCAAGAGACAGCCGGUGCUUCCAAGGCUGGAUCUGCUGACAGUAACAAAGCUGCGUUGUCUCAGGCUGCUGUUAACACCAAGCCAACUCAGGCCCCGCCAACAGCAACAAAAACAGCAUCCAAGCCAGAACCAAGGAAAGUAAAAGCUGCAAGUCCGAAACAGAAGGCUAAAGCUGGCGGUAAAGCCUCGAAGAAGGAGACAAAGUCAAGCAAACAGAAGAUGGAACAAGAGAGGAAGAAAGAAGAGGACGAGCUGAGGGAAAAGGGCAUCCAUGAUGUCGUCUGGGAUGAACAGGGCAUGACCUGGGAGGUCUACGGGGCGUCGGUGGACCCAGAAUCCCUUGGUUUUGCCAUUCAGAGCCACUUGCAGUGCAAAAUCAAGGAGCAAGAGAGGAAACUGGUGGUGCAGACCUCCAUCAGGAAGUCGGACUCUGGUGCGGACUCGCCGGCCCACGUCAAGAAGAACAAAAGGAGGCAGCAGAACAUUUUCAGGUCAAUGCUGCAAAAUGUCAGACGGCCAAACUGCUGCGUGAAUCCCCCUUCCUCCUCCGUCCUCGAGUAG